AUGGCUUCAACAAUUCGACGAAGAAAUAAUAUUUGUUACAUCCCAAAGCAUGAUAAGGUUAUUGGAGAAUUAAUUCAAAAACGAGGAGCAAUUUAUUCAUCUAGACUUGAUUCUCAUGUUUACUUUCGUACUAUUACAAGAGGAGCUGCUAUUGGGCUUUCUCCGUAUAAUGAUUAUUAUAAGAAAGCUAAAGCGAUAAGCAAGCAUCCAUUAAUCGAUGAAAUUACAAAAGAAAUGCUUUUAGAUAUGAUCCACACCUCCACUUCUUUAUCAAAUCCUGAACCAUUAUAUCCUCGUUCAUACCUUCAUCGUGCAACUUUAAAUAUAAUUUUGGAAGUAACUUUCGGAAUUCGUACUAAUAGUAUUAAUGAUCCACUAUUCAAACGAUUAGACAAAUGGGUAGAAGAUUUUACGUUAAUCUUUUCAAGUGAAGAUAGGAGAUCGGAAUAUUUCCCAAUAGUAAAAUAUUUUCCAAACAAUAAAACGAUGCAGAAAGCGAAAGCUAUUAGAGAUGAUAUUGAUACAAUUUUUGGUGAACUCUUGGAAGACGUUAAAUCAGGAAAAAAUCAAUCUCCGUGUACUGAGAGAGAAGUUUAUGAACAAGGAGAAUUAGAGGAUUAUCAAAUUGCUCAUCUUUUAGCGAGUCUCGUUUUUGCUGGAACGGAUACAGUAGCAUCAAGUAUAACAUGGUUAUUAGCGUUCUUGGCCAAUAAUCCUUCGUUCCAAGAACCAGCUCAUAAUGAACUUGACACUCUCAUUCCUAAACAUGAUCGACUCCCAACUUAUUCUGAUUUUAAAAAUCUUCCCUACACUCAUGCGUUAAUUAGGGAAGGUCAAAGAGUUUAUCCACCAACAUGGUUGGGAGUUCAUCAUUAUAAUGAACAAGAUGAUGAAUAUAACGGUUAUCAUAUUCCAGCAAACUCUUUAGUGUUUAUAAAUUCUCACGCAAUUUCAUUCAAUGAACAACGUUAUAAAAAUGCCAAGGAAUUCGAUCCGUAUAGAUUUAUUAAUUAUGAACAAAGUAUGGCUAGUUUGGCUAAUGGACCUGCUGAAAAAAGAGAUCAUUUUGUUUUUGGAGCCGGGAGAAGGCUUUGUACGGGAGUUUAUUUGGCUGAAGCCGAAUUAUUUGUUAUUUUGGCACGUAUUCUUUAUUGCUUUAAAGUUGAAAAAAAUGCUUCACCUACUGGUGAAGAUGGAAAACCUAUUCCAAUGAAUUUGGACAAGCCUAUAAUUGGUUUAACCAUUUGCCAGAAGAUUAUAAUGUUAAACUUGUUCCUAGAAAUGAUCGAAUCAUGCAACUUUUAA